UCUGCUCUGUCAUAGUAUCGAUGCGGCGCGGUCUUUGGGCAGUUUAGGCGUCGGGUGAAACACUGCCAUAAUCAAUUUUUCAAAAAUUAUUCAAUUUUAUUAAUAUAAUUUUUCAAUUUUUGAAAAAAAACUCUCAAAAUUAUUGAUUUUAUUUUAUUUUUUGAGAAUUUUGAUUCAUCCGGCGAGUCUGUCUUGAAAGUUAUUUCGAAUACUUCCGGUAUUCGGCGGUCUGUUUUGGACGUUUAAAGGCGCGAUAGGGAUUUAUUGAUUAUAGUGAAUUUAAUUUAGUGCAAUUUGGAUUAUAUGAUACACUAGUGCCCAGUGCUUAGGCGAGUUUUAUUGCUAGGUACUAGAAUGAUGUCCCACCGAUCGACAAACAACAUCAGCUGAAAGCUCACCAAACCAACCGCAAUGAGGGCCAUAGCAAUGCUGGCUCUUGCAGCCAUCACCCUCCUCUCAUCCGCAAGCUGCGACACCGUUUCAGUGAUACCCCACGAUGCUCAUCCGGGCUAUAGCGUCAAAAAAUUCAACGAACACUACACUCUAGUCAAUUCCAGUUUUAGUGAGUUCUUCACCAUGCUCCAAGAUGGUUCGAUUAUGACCGUGAGCGAUGUGAGUCCUCUGGUAGAUCAACCGGUCGAUCUGCUGGUGCUCGAAAAUAACGGCAAUAUGACCAAAAAGCAUCUGGUUCAGUUGUAUGUGCUGGAUAGGAAAAACAUGUUGCAGUUCAAAGAUGAAAGUGAAGAGAUUGUGGGAAGGGUGGAGGAAAACCAGCCCAUAGGUACCAGGGUGACUGGAUUAAGUCUGAUUCAAGCCACUGGUAGUCACAACUUUCCGGUAACUUACAGCAUUAUAGCUGGUAACAUAGGUCAAGCAUUUGGAUUAAGAAACAGCGUCACAGGUGACAAUAUGGCUAACGUAACAGUAGAUAACUCUGGAGGGGUUUAUAUUGUCACAGCGCAAGUACUGGAUCGCGAAGAUAUUCCCAGAUACGUCCUCACUAUCCAGGCAAGUGACUUAAGUGGUAUCAACAAAGCCAUCACCAAUAUUGUAAUAGAAAUCCUUGAUGAAAACGACAAUAGUCCAGUGUUCUCGCAAAAAGUCUACAGGUUUAUUGUGGGAGAUGAUUCUAUGGAGGGUGAUAACGUCACCACCAACUGGAAAAGAUUCUCUUCUAUUGGCAAAGUAGAAGCUACCGACGCGGAUGGUGAUAAGGUGGCAUAUAAACUGGUUACUCCAACAAAUUUUCUGGUAAUCGUACCUCAAACUGGUGAUAUUUUGUUGGCUCUGGAGCCGAUGGAAGAGGUGGAGUUGGAGCUGGUGGUAGAGGCGCAUGAUUUGAGAGUACCCAGUAGGACGUCGCCGAGGCCCGCACAGAUUAUUUUCCAUUUUAAACCAUCGGAGAAUAAUGGAGUGUUGGAUUUGCAAAGGCUCGAGGAAGACGACAUCCAUAUUCUGCACCGAGACAAACGUAGAGUAACACGAGCAGUUCGUCCAACAAAACGCAUCGAAUUCACAGAAACCGAUGGUGAACAAGAAGGCCGCGUAGUUUUCCAGCUAGAAAAGGAAACCGAAAAGGAAACGUUUAAAAUUAGGGAUGAGAACAGUUGGGUUAUAGUGGAACCCAACGGCUCGGUAAAAGUGAGGAAGAAGUGGGACUACGAGGAGCUCGGCCCGGAAAAAACUAUUGACUUUUGGGUGACCAUUACUAACGCGGAGAAAGGAGGUAAGAUUACUGUUUGCAUAAAUUAUAAGUUGGAAGUUUUAAUUGAAAAAGUUUCUUCAUCAAGACGAGACUUGGAAAUAUUAUUUUAUAAUUUGGUUUAUGUGUUUCUGACGAGCGGACGGAAAAUUAAUUUUGUUGUUUACAAUCGGAUACGUACACUUGAUAAAAACGUGAGCUGUAUUACGAGAGUUUAA